UUCAAGACGUUGCCAAAUUAUCAGGCUAGUUGAAAAAAGUGGAGGGAAAUAUCAGCCGGCUGAUUCUCUCCUAAUCCACCAGCCAAACAACCCGAGCUGCCUCUCCACUGUUUUUCUCUCAAACCAAACAGGUCUGUUGAUUUUUCUCAGCAUCAUACCGCGAAUGGAGAACCGAGGGAGGAAGAAGAGAAGAUUACAGAGAACAAAGAGCAAUCGAGAAUGGUGUUCUUCAAGCCUCGAUGCCAACACCAUUUUCGCUCUCAUGCUCGCAGCGAUUUGUAACUCGAACGAACCCUACUCUGAAUCCGUAAUAAAGAGAUGCUUAAACUCACUGCACCUCUCUCUAAUCCCGAACUCCCAAAACGCUGCGUUUGGUCUCCACCAAACCCUACCUAUCCCCAUCCUCUCAUUGCUUCCAAUCCUUCUGAACUCCAAAUGUGAUGAAAUUGUGAGUAGGAGCACCGAGAUUGCGGGGGCGGCUUCGAUUUUUUCGUUUGAGAUGAAUGAACAGAUUGCUUUGGAUGGUGAAAUUGUGAAGGGUUUGAUAUUGGCUGUCGGAGCUUCAAAUAAGAUGGUUUCGGUGGCUGCUUGUAAUGCUGUGUUGGAUCUGAGUACCACGUCGAUUGGGCGAGAACGGCUGCUGGAGUUUUCGGCACUGGAGCAUCUUAUGUUUAAAUACCUUCAGGUUCCUGAAUCUUCAAAAAGAUUGGUCUCCAUAUGCUCCUUGGACAAGGGAGGUAAUAUCUGCCUGAGAAUAGGGGUUAAGGAAGAUGAUCUUGUAGUAUUACUUCUUAAUGCAGCAAUAACUCUCAUUAAUACUUAUGACAUUGACCAACUAGAGAACAUGCCAAGGAAGCUGUCUGAAGCUUUCUCCGUCUAUUUGAAAGAGCUUUGGGUAAAAGUACAUAAUCAAAUGUUACUUCGAAACACUGUGAAAUUUGGCCAAGAUGAGCAUUUUAAUUUAAGCAGCAUCAGAACAAAUAAUCUGGCAGAAAGCAUCUUUAGGCUCUCCAUUAAUGCUGGUCACCUUACAACACCUUUCCCAUUUGAGGUGGUUAAAAAAAGCAUCUUUGGUACAAGGGAAUCUAGUUUUGAAAAUUUCAUAUUAAACCACUGGGAGGUAUCGCCUUUACUCGUAAGGAGCCUCUCAAAGGGUUUAAAUGAGCAGGAUGAUGUUUUCAGUUCAUUUAUACAGUAUCUUAACUUAAAAAAAACUGUUUCUUCCUUUGUUUUGCCUCUCCUUCAAGGUCUGGUUUCCUGUUUGCCAAUUGAUUCAGAUGAGUUAAACAUCCUUAAUUUUCUAAAGACGGUGAGGAAUGAAUUGGGUUGUCUUAUAAUCUACGGGCAAGACAUAAGGGUUCUAAGAACGAUGGGGCAUUUGAAAGAGGAGGUGCAUUUCUUUCAGGAGAGUUCAGAGCCAUGCAUCAAGGCUCCUCAUUUUUUAUAUAUUGAUGAUAUUUUGAAAUGUGAAGAUGCAUAUAAUAAGGGUUAUACAAUUGCGUUACGUGGAAUGGAGUUCCGGUUUGAGAGUAUUGCUGCUAUUGCAGAUGGGUUAGCAUCUCUGUUUGGUCAACCAUCAGUAGGUGUCAAUUUAUAUUUGACACCUCCUGAUUCUCAGGGUUUGGCUCGCCAUUAUGAUGACCACUGUGUGUUUGUAUGCCAACUUUUUGGUACUAAGCAGUGGACGAUUGUUUCUCAGCCGAUUGUUUCAUUACCUCGUCUGUAUGAACCUCUUGAUAGCUUACACAGUUCAAAGAUUGGGAAUUCAAUGGCUGGGCGCACACAGUUUUUGUUGAGGGAAGGUGAUAUUUUAUAUAUUCCAAGAGGUUUUCCUCAUGAGGCAUGUACUGUUGCUGAAAGUGGUGGCCCUGAUGAGACAACUGGGUUCUCUUUGCAUCUGACACUUGCUAUUGAGGUUGAGCCUCCAUUUGAGUGGGAGGGAUUUGCUCAUGUUGCACUCCAUUGUUGGAACCAGAGCUCGAAAUCAAUCCACUACACUUCUGUUGAUCCUUUGUCUGAAAUUCUUAGUGUUAUGUCUGUGAACUUGUUACACAUUGCGAUCAGGCUGAUUGGUGAUUCUGAUCCAACCUUUCGGAAGGCUUGCUUGGUUGCUGCAAUUACCUUGCCAUCAGAUUCCAAAUGCUGGCUUGGUUUGAACCAGAGAACCAUUUUUAUCUAUAUAAUUGAUAAGAUUUGUAGUGAAUCAGGAUUCUUGGAAGCCCUCAGGGUCGUAGAAGUUGCUAUUCAGAAAAAUGAAGAUCCCUUUCAACGGUUGAGAUGGCUCCAGCUUCUCAAUUGGGAGGCAGAAAUGAUUGAAGAGCAUGGUGGGGAUUUUCCUUCAGUAGGAUUUGAAAAGUUGAGCUCUUUAUUUAAUCAACACAGAGACAAGGCAGAAGUUGCUUUCAUGAACGUGAAGUCCAAAUUCUGUUGUGAGGUGGCAUUUGAGGAUGUAAUAGACAGCUAUGGGAUGGUGCUUGAGAAGUACAAAAAGACCAGAAAGCAAUAUAUGAAUGGGAUGCUUUCACUACACUGUAAAUGACAAUGGUUGUGAAGAUCCUUUUUUUUGGAUUACCUUUUUAUUUUUUAUCAUUCUACAUUUUUCCUUUUACCUUUUCCAAUAGACAGGUCUUUGUGGGCAGGGAUAGACCCUGUUGUAUUCAGCAUGAUGAGAUCUGCCAUGAGUCACCCAAGGUAGCUACUCCAAAGGGGCAGCCAGUGCUGUGGCAAAGGUUGAGUUCCAUAAGAUAUUCCUCUUCAAAAAAAGCUGUGACAGGUAUGUCUAUUCUCCUUGCUGAGACCUGUAGUUCUUCAAGCUUCAUUUUUAUGUUUCUCUUAUUAUUCUUCUUGUUGCUAUUAGGUUGGGUCUAUUUCCACCUCAUUGUUUGCUUUGUAUGCCAUUACGUGAUACAAUAUGUCUCAUAAAACCAAUAAAAAAUGCAUCUACAGAAGUGGAGAAAAAGUAAACUCUCUUUUAUGAUUGCUAUUGUUGCUGGCAAAAGUUUGGGUUGUGAAGUGAAACCCAGAGAGGAAAUUAAGAUUGCCGUGAAAUUUGAAGCAAAGUAUUUCCAUCCAAAAUAUUACUAUAUGUUAUUACAUUGUUGUAUCUAUCGAUUAGAAAUACCAGACAUGUAUGAAUAAACUCUUCUGUAGGGAAAGCUUAUAAAGCAUCCUAGGGUUUGGGGUGUUUGGGAGUUGGAGUUGGAUGAGUCAUAACUCCAUGAUAAUCGAUGUGGUAAACAAUCUCUUCUAAA